AUGGACGUCGUGCAAGUCACUUUAACCGUGAGGGGAACAACGUCUUUAGGUGAGGUGAUAGCAGUUGUUGGCAGCUGUGAUAGCCUGGGAAACUGGUGUUCACAAAAAGCAGUCACUUUACAACCCCAGGAAGGCGAUGGCACUGUGUGGAAAAGGACUGUCAUUGUGCCACGGGGGGUUGAAUGUAAUUAUCGCUAUUUUAAAGGAUUCUUUCUGGAAUCAAAGAAUGCAGGUGACCCAUGUCAAGUCAUAGUCAAUAAGUGGGAGACGCAUCAGCAGCCAAGAGCAUUGAACUCCUCAGAGUCUGACCUCGUUAUUGACGAUGGAGAGUUUGGUUUUUACAAUGGUGUGGAAUGUGUGGAUUCUGGAUGGCUGACGUGUCAGACAGAGAUCCGCCUACGGCUGCACUAUUCGCAGAAGUCCGCAGUGUCCAUAUCCAAGAAGAAAUUCAAGAAGUCGCGAUUCAGGCUGAAGCUAAUGCUGGAGGGCACUGAGGAAGACGAGGAUGAAGAUGAGCAGAGUCCGACCUCCUGGAACAAGAUGACGACCACUCUGGAGAUCAGCAUGAUCAGUGGGAGUGGCUACAAGUCCCGCCACUCCCAGCCAGAGUGCGGCUACGCCCUCGAACCCGCGCAGUGGACUGAGUAUAGCAUUCACACCAUGGACCCUGACAACCUGGAGCUCACCUUUGAGUUUUUUGAGGAGGACCUGAGUGAGAAGGUGAUGCAGGGCGAUGAUCACCCCGGGCACGUGGGCACCGCCUGCCUCCUCUCCUCUUCCUUCGUGGAGAGCGGGAAGAACACAGGAAUGGUCACCCUGCCCAUCAUGGGCCGCAACUCCAGGCCGGCCAUCGGGAAAGUGCGAGUGGACUACAUCGUCAUCAGGCCGAUCAAGGACUUCAUGUGCGACAUGCAUUCCUCCUUCACUAAGUACUGGAGGAAGAGGAGUGCCCUGGACGUGGGGCACAGAGGAGCUGGAAGCUCUCACCAUGCAGCGAAACACACCAAAAUAAGGGAGAACACCAUCGCCUCAUUCAAAAGUGCUGCGAAUUACGGAGCAGCGUACGUGGAGUUUGAUGUCCAUCUCUCCAAAGAUUGUGUUCCGAUUGUGUAUCACGACUUCACCUGUUGUAUUUCAACAAAAAAGAAAAAUGACAAAAACUCUCUGGAACUAUUUGAAGUUCCUGUGAAGGAUCUCACAUUUGACCAACUACAGCUUUUAAAGCUGGCCCAUGUGACUGCCUUGAAGGUGAAUGAACAAGAUUCUCUGGAUGAAGAGGAAUACAUUGCAGAGCAUCAGCCUUUCCCCUCUUUACAUCAGAUCUUUCAAGCUGUUCCAGAACACGUGGGGUUCAACAUUGAACUGAAGUGGAUUACACAGUUGAAGGAUGGAUCCUGGGAGGGAAACUUGUCGUCAUACUUUGACAUGAACUUCUACCUGGAUAUCGUUCUGAAAUGUGUCUACCAGAAUGCUGGAAAAAGAAGAAUAGUCUUCUCUUGCUUUGAUCCUGAUGUUUGCACAAUGGUGCGGAGGAAACAGAACAGAUACCCCAUUCUAUUUCUGACUCAAGGGGUCUGUGAGUCCUACCCAGAGCUCAUGGACAUACGCUGCCAGACCACUCAAAUAGCAAUGAGCUUUGCACAGAGUGAGGACAUUUUGGGGAUCAGCGCUCACACCGAGGACCUGCUGAAGAACAUGGACUCCAUCAAAGAGGCACAGGCCAAGGGCCUGGUGGUCUUCUGCUGGGGCGACGACAACAACGACCACGAGACCCGCAGGAAGCUGCGUGAGCACGGCAUCGACGGCCUCAUCUACGACAGAAUCUGGGAUGACCAAGUCGAGCAGCCGAACAUCUUCAAAGUAGAGGAGCAGGUGUCUCUGCAAGAGGUGAUUUCGGAGGAGACGCUGAAGAGCUGCGCCUGCUCCUGCUACAGCAUCCCUUGCACCUCGGUGCCGUGCGGAGGGCGCCCGGGGGCCGGAAGCGGCGAGUCUGACUCAGGGCUGAGCUCCUCUUAACCCCCCAGAAACCUGGCCUGGGCGCUCUGGGGCGAUGCAUGCAUAGGUUUUACUUUUUCACUUGAAGGAUUUCUGUUCCACGGAAAGAGGGCUGUGUGCCAACGUGAGGUCUGCAUUCCAAUUCACUGAGUACCUGCCCGCCCACAUCACAUGAAAGACUAUUUAAUUUACGUACAGAAAACGUCCUGUUAUUUUCAUGUUUUUUUUUUGAUUAUGGCUGCUAUUUAACUUAAGAUGCGACUGCUUACUAAUCGAUACCUUUUGAUUCUGUUCACCGGAGACGCACACACACCUGCGCCCGAAGCACUUUUGAGAGGUGUUUCAGGUCGCCAGGCAACAAAGUUUUUCUUUUUCCUGUGAGCAUGGUCUUCAGCUCGGCUGUAAGAGCCCUGCUCAGGUGGAGGAAAUACUGAAGUGAAUGUAGCUCCGUAACUUUCAGAUGCACAUGCUGUCACAACAGCUUGCUGAGUAAUCACUUUAAAUACAAAAAAUUGAGUUACUGUUAAGGGAACAGCACAGAAU